AUGUGGCUCAAACGUUACCCACUUAAAAUGUCUGAGCAUGAGAAUUUCGGUAACACGUUGCAACGAUUCGCAUCUAAUGCGCGGGCGUUACGCGAAGUAGAUCCGGAGUACUUUCUUGGUUUGACCAGUGUGUUCACUGACGAACGAUUGAAAGAUGAAAUCCAGAGUCAUACCGAAGAAGAACGGCAGCAAAUGGCCAAUCGGUUGUUAGACACACUUACUCAGACACUGGAUUCCGACAUGGAGAUCCACAUACACCCGACCACUGAACAUCUGGUGCCUCCGGAUGUCCAAUUACAUGCAGUUGUCACGGACGAUGAACUCGAUAGACCCUCGUAUCCCGUGACACAACUGAAACCGACUACCACGACGGUUCGAGCUCCACCAGAUACGUCACAGAAACCGGUUUCCGCGUUGCACAAACGCAUGCCUGCUUAUCGCCAAACAGCUCAGAUGAACCAAUCGGAUGGAGGCAAAACCAGUUUGACAAUCAAACCGGAUUCCGAUCUGUCUGUGACGGAGGAUCAAAUAGUGGCGAUUUUACCCGCAUCCAAACUGAAGGAGACCUCAGUGACGGAGGACCCCAGAUUGGAAGAGGUUUCCGGGAGACAUCUGGUCGGCGAGGCAGAUCAGGCGGAAAAACCGGCUCUCGUGCAAUCCGAUGUGCUAUUGAUCGAUACCAACAAUCUGGAUUCCACAUAUCACAUCUCCAUGAAUUUGACCAAAAAACCGAUGAGUUCGGUCACUUGUCACCAAUUGCAACAUUCCGUCGACAAAAAAUACAGUCAGUGGAGUGAUGAACUGUGUGAGACCAUUGUGGUUGGAUUGCACUACGAAUGUCGAUGCAGACCACGGGAACGAGGCACGUUUGCAAUCGCUUUGGUCUAUUGGAUUGGAAAUGCGGAAAUCCCCCCGGAACACGAAUACGUGAUUACAUUGGUGAACUAUAUUUUCACCUCGAUCACCAUUGUGGCACUAUUGCUGUUUCUUAUAUUCACGCGAUUUGUCGGUGUGUUCCGACUGGAUCAGUUCAACAUUGCGUUCUGUCUGAUGAUCAGUGCGAUCGUGUCUCUGAUCAUCCCGUUUGUGACUAACAAACAACCGGUCGGUUGUGUCAUUCUCGCCAUUGCCGUAUGCUUUUUCCCGUUGGCCGCAUUCUCGUGGAAAUUUAUUUUCGGAUUGAACACACUUAUACUGAUCGUCGCACCCCAGUCACGUUAUCAUGACCUCGUUUCGAGACAUCGACACUGUGUCCCACUCGUGUGGAUUGGUUACAUCAUCCCGGCCGUGAUUGUGGGCGCUUGGUUCGGUUAUGCGGAAAAAGUUCAUACGCAAAAGUUGUGA